AUGCUCGCUUUCAGUCCUAAAUCUCUAGCUACGGUUAUCCUCACGAUGAACCUUCUGUCUCCCGCUUUGGCAUGCCUCAAGGUGACUGGCAGCAUUUAUGAAAAUAAAGUCGAUGGUGCAUAUGGCACGCUCACAUUGGUCGACAAUGGUGUUCAAGUAUGCCACGGCGAUAACAAGGGGAAAAAUAAAUGGCUCGGUGCGACCAAGGAGGGUGACCAGUGGAUGUGCGAUGAUAAGAACUAUACCUUCUAUUAUGAUUGGUCAAAGAAGCAGCAAGCGAAAAAGUAUAGUACUAAAGAUAACAACUACGUCGAGCAUCGACUGCCGGGAAGAUACUGUAGAUACAAUGAUUGCUAUGAUAUUAAUGUCAGUAUCUGGUGCACAGAUGAAUCUUCGGACGAUGAUGGCUGGCAUUGUGAGGAUAUUUCGGACAGCUUCUUUCCAGACGGUUGCUAG